ACAGAUCAAAUCCAACGAAAAGAUCGCACAUUAAUUAUGAAAAUUGGGCCACAAAUCGCUUGUCAAAAAAAAUGAGGGAUAUUAUUGCAGGGGUGCACUAUACGGCAAUGAUGGUGAUAUGGUAUUUAAGUAAUGUUAGGAGAGGAAAAGAAAAGGGACAGGAAGAAGAGAAGAAUGAAAUUUUAAUGUUGGUUAUUGGUUGUUAA